CACCACCGCUAUCACCUCCACCGCACUGCACUGCCCGUUGCCUCAAGCCUCUGCAUAACUUUUGAAUUUGCACGAACAACUUCUCAACUCAAUUGCGAACCACCGCAUAGUACGAGGCAGUGACUGCCAACAUGCCGCCUCAGAUCAAGCAAGAUCUCAACCGGUCCGGAUGGGAGACCACCGAUUUGCCCUCCGUCUGCGAGAAAUGCCUUUCCGACAAUCCUUACGUGCAGAUGCUUAAAGAGGACUAUGGCGAGGCGUGCAAACUCUGCACGCGACCCUUCACCGUUUUCCGCUGGAAGGCCGACCGUACCGCUCGCCAAAAACGAACAGGCAUCUGUCUCACAUGUGCGCGACUGAAGAACUGCUGUCAGUGUUGUAUGCUGGAUUUGAGCUUCGGACUCCCCAUCACGAUUCGAGAUGCCGCAUUGAAAAUGGUGGCGCCUGGACCACAGUCCGAGAUCAACCGCGAAUAUUUUGCGCAAAAUCACGAAAAGGAGAUUGAAGAAGGUAGAGGGUUGGAGGGAUAUAGCAAGACGGAGGAGAAGGGCCGCGAACUGUUGCGACGACUGGCCAACAGUGAGCCGUAUUACAAAAAGCAGCGAAGGCUGGAAGCGGAGGAGCAAGAGGAAGGAGGACAGAAGUUGCUGGAAGGGAGCGAAGGGCACAAAGCUGGUCCGAUCAGGACGCAAGAUCCAAAGGGCAAAUCUGCAUAUGGCUCAGCGUACGGACCACCAGCCUCCCGAGGUGGAAGCGCGUCACGAGGUGGGAGAGGUGGUGCACGCGGCGGGAAAGGAUUUCCCUCCGGAGCUGCUCUGCCGAUCAAGCCGCAGGACAUUGCGCCUCCAGCGGACAAGAAUAUCACAAGUCUGUUUGUCACUGGAGUUGAGGACGAUCUGCCCGAGCAUGCCAUUCGGGAACACUUCUCACAACACGGCGCGCUCCGAUCCCUGGUCUGCAGUCAUCGCUCACAUUGCGCUUUUGUGAAUUACAUGGAUCGUGAAGGAGCGGAGAGGGCUGCCAUGGCAUUUCAAGGGAGAGCGGUUGUCAAAGGCGUCCCGCUGCGAGUGCAAUGGGGCAAGCCGAAGCCGCUGGACAACAUGGAUCGCGAUCAGAGGAUGGAGAAUGCUAGGGCUGGUAGGCGAACAGAUGCUGGAGCUAAGGCGAUUGCUGGCCCACCUGGUCAGAGGACUAUUGCAGGUUCUGCUGCGAAUGCACAAGCAGGCGAUGAUCUCGACAGCCUCGCAGCUGUCGCUCCACCACCGGGGCAAGGCGAUGUGGAAUAUGCCGCGCUUGCUGGCGAAUGAUCCGACUGCUUCAAUCUUCCAAUUUUCACGAUUAAUCCGAGCGAGGCGUCUGGCGUAGAGACCUAGUCAAUUCCGGCCCGGCUGGGUGUCCGGUGCAGCCUUCUAAGCAUAACUUUAGCAUCAAUAUCAUUCCUUGACGAG